CUCUUUCUAUUUUUGCAGCAGCAGCAGCAGCUUCUCUCUGCACCGUUCAGAAUCUACGCUCCCCGCGGUCUCUCCAGCCAAGCCAAGCCAAGCCAAGCCAGCCGCCCUCGCCGUCUCACAGGAACCUACGCAGCGACCCUCGCAGCAGCUCUUAGUUUGCUCUAGCCCGCUGCCUGAGGGAGCGAAACUGCGCUCUAGAAGAACGGAGGAGAGCCUGGCCGAGAAAUGGCCCCAAACGGCGGCGGCACCAACCUCCGGGGCAGCUCUCCGCAGCAGCAGCAGCGGCUUCUGCGGCUGCUGUUGCUCAGCGGCGCCGUGUGCCUGACUUGCUGGACACCGCGGCAGCUGGCAAGUGCUCAGCCCCCCACCCCCUGCCUGGCCCCGCAGCAGUGGGAAGGGCGCACGGUGGUGUAUGACCACAACACCGGCAGGAACACCCGAGCGGCUGUGUCUUAUGACGGCCCCAACCAGCGUCUCCGGAUACUGGAGGAGAGGAAGGGGUUCAUCCCUUGCAAGAAAUUUUUUGAAUAUAUCUAUAUCUAUAAAGAUGCAGUGAUGUUUCAGAUUGAGCAAGUUACACAACUGUGCUCCAAGGUUGCUUUGAGUGAACCAUGGGAUCCUUAUGAUAUUCCUGACAACUCAACCUAUGAAGAUCAAUACUACAUUGGAGGACCUGGAGACCAAAUUAUAGUACAGGAAUGGUCUGACAGAAAACCAGCUAGGAAACUUGAAACCUGGGUUGGAGUUUACACAGUCAAGGAUUGUUACCCAGUUCAGGAAACUUACACCAAGAAUUACAGCGUGACAACCUCCACCCGCUUCUUUGAUCUAAAACUCGGGAUAAGUGACCCAUCUGUGUUCACUCCUCCCAGCACCUGCCAGGCUGCUCAGCCAAAAAUGAUGAGAGAUGAAUGCUGAGGGUGGUCGUUGGCUUCAACAUGCAAACAAAAUAACAAUAAUGUAAAUUACAAUUAAUAAUCAGCUGCUGACAUCUAUCAUGAUCAUGUAACUUUGUGGAACUAGUGGAUUUUUGAUUGGAUUAUCUAAUAGGCUGGGGAGAAAGGAAACCAGGGGCGUAACAAGGCUGGAGUGGGCCCAGAGACAAAAUUUUAAAAUGGGCCCCUCGCUGAUACACACACACUCACUUCACAUGUGACUUGCCUCUGGGGGGCCCCUCAAGGCGUGGGGGGCCCCAGGCAGCCGCCUCCCCCUUGCCUAAUGGUAGUUACGCCCCUGAAGGAAACCCAAUAUCUCCUUUAAUAUUUCUUUUAAAUAUUGUACUCAUAUUCUAUGAUUAGCAAUUAACUAUUAUUUAUAUAUAUAUAUUUGUUUUAGCUGUUUUUUAAAAUAAUAAUCUACUGUUUACAUUUUUCAAGAGGUAUAAUGUGCUCCUAAAAGCAUAUUAAAACAUGGUGUAUUACUGUUAAUUCUGGAGAUAUGACUAUUAUAUAUACACAGAAGUGAAGAUAUCACCAUAAGACGGCACCAUUAACCGAGUACAUCAUUUUAAGUACAUACAUUUUCUAGUAUUUCUUUUCUUAGUCUUUUGAAAGCUAUUAUAGUGAGGUGAUUUUUUUAUUUUAUUUUUUGCAAAGACUGAAGAAUAAUGAUAUCCACUUGGCAUUUGACUGGUGUGAUAUCAACAACAAAUGCUGCUUUCAUGAAGCUAACUAAAGGUCCGAUGAGGUGUCCUUCCAUUCAUGUGUGGCUUAAGCGUGCUUUUUCAAGGCAAUGGUCCUUUGAUUGUAUGCAAAGAAAUUCCAGUUGCUUUAUUUGUAUUAGCAUUCUUUAAAAAAAAAACCACAUGUAGAAAUAGUGUCUUGCCAGAAAAGUGCAUUUUGCAACACUGCAAUAUAAUGUGAUAUUAAGAACUGGGAUACACAGUCAUUACUGUGUUUGAUCCAGGGAAUCCAUAAUACAAACUAGAUAAGGCUACUUAUGUGAUUAGCAGGGACACGGGUGGACAUUAUGGACACCAUUUAAAGGCCAAGAAAGAUUUCAGUGCAGGAUGUGGCCAAGAGUCAAAGUAAAGUUCGAAGAGCUGCUUUUGGAUAUAUUAAAGAUUAAACUGUAAAGAAGAAGUGGACACUAAUGUGUUAUGGUACCUGUUUUUAAUUUCAUAAUAACCAGAGAUAUGGGUGUUCCUCAUGAUUAAAUCACAUGUGGGUUCAGACAGGCUGAAGGGGUCUGCCUCUCAUGUUCUCCUUAAAUGGCAUCCAUGACAGUUCUGUCUGGUGUAGUCUAUCUGGAGAAGUGAAGAAAUCAGAAACAAUAGAGACAAAACAGAAGACUGGGGCAACGGAAUGGAUCUGGGGUGGAACAAAUACAGGUGAAACUCGGAAAAUUAGAAUAUCGUGCAAAAGUCCAUUAAUUUCAGUAAUG